CCUGUCGUGACGCUUUUAUCACGCUUUCUGAAAAUUGUUGUCACGCAAUGUUGUGUCGAGUUGGUUUUCGGCUCAGUUCCUUAACAACAUGUAGACUACUUUCACGUCAUCUUACAAAGAUGGCUACAGUUCCGGUCAAAACAUCAAUUGGGUGUAUGGAGUUUGGAAGGCAAUGUGCUGCAGAUCAGGCCAAGCAGUUUAUAAACAUCUGUAUGGAACAUGAUGUCUAUGAUUUUGACACUGCUUAUGGGUACAGUGGUGGCAAGAGUGAAGAAAUUAUGGGAGAUAUGGACUGUCUGAAGGAUUCCAAGGUGUUUAUUGCCACAAAGGCAAAUCCUUGGGGAAAAGGCCUGGUAUUUGACAGUGUUUUGGAACAGCUGAAUGAAUCUCUUAAAAGACUGAAGAGAGACUCUGUGGACUUAUUUUACCUCCAUGCGCCAGAACAUACCACACCCAUUGAGGAGACACUUGACGCUGUCAAUCAACUUUAUGAAGAAGGCAAAUUUGAAUCCUUUGGUCUCUCAAAUUAUUCAUCCUGGCAAGUGGCAGAAAUUUAUUACCUGUGCAAGAUGAACAACUACCCAGUACCAACUGUGUAUCAAGGGAUGUACAAUCCUGUUACAAGGGAUAUAGAGAGAGAACUUUUUCCAUGCUUGAGAAGAUUUGGAAUAGCAUUCUAUGCUUAUAACCCACUACGUCAAUCGUUUUUGGAAGAAGCCGUUAUUUGAUUUACUUGACAAACUCAGAGGAACACUGGAUCGUAUUUAUGGUGAAGGAAAAGUGACUUUGAUUGACGCCUCUCUUAGAUGGAUGUACCACCACUCCAAAUUAGACGGCGCCUGUGGAGAUGCUGUUAUUAUUGGAGCUUCGUCAGUGAAACACUUGGAGGAAAAUCUGAAAAGUACGAAACACGGGCCCUUACAUGAAGAUGUUGUGGAACUUUUUGAAGAGACCUGGGGCAUACUUCAAGGCGACUGUCCGUUGUAUUUCCGCUGAAUUGACAUUUUGGUCACCGAAGGCUCGUUCGACCUUUGUAAUCGUGUCGUAAAGUUACCUUUUCCUAGAAAUAGUCGCAUGGGAACUAGGGAUUAAAACUUACAUUAGUGGAGUAGGGCGAAAGACAACGAGGUACAUGUGAUAGAUAUAAGAAAGGAGUGUGACGACUUAAAAAGAAUUUCUUGAAUAAUUUCCAAAGUCAUCCUCGCGUUGGUUUGAAUAAACAACUUAAAAGUGCUCAUCUUAGACCGGUGGUAACGAAAGGUUUUUGAAAAGGUUGAAUAGCGACAGAGCUGAAUAAUGAAAUGCUAUGUCAGCGGGUUGCCGUCAACAACGCGGGCUCAAGUGUCUUAGGUCUAAA